CGCCUGUCUGUUCGAGCUUUCCUUACAGUCGAGGUGUUCGGGAGGACCUUCUACUGUACUACUGCAUCCAAGCCUUCAUUCCAUUCCCUCCCACUCCUCUCAUGUUAUCACAAACUCGCUGCUCCCUCUCUGUCCACUCUUACUGCAUCUCUCCUUGGGUGUUUGUGUGUGUGUUCCUACGCAUCGAGCAUCUUUUUGCCAGUGGCAGUUGCUUAUCGCGACGAGCUCCCUCUCGCCCGCCUUCCUAUGGCGCUGUGCUUCUCACUCCGCAAUCAUAGGGAGCAAUCUCGACGCGCCUAAUCAGAUAUCAUGUUCGCGUCGUGCAUAGCUUCCCUAGAGUCGGCCACCGCGACUCGAGCUCAAUUCCAUCUCAAGCCGCGCUACUAGGAGCCUCCUACGCGCUUCGUGAAGGCGUUCGAGGGCAACGACUCAUCCCGAGCCGCUCCCAGACGCGGCAUUUAAAGCCCGAACUGCGACUAGGGAAGUGACCAAUCAGGUCUGAGCCAACUGUUCGCAGUUCCUACACCCAAGAAUCCAAGAAUCCGCCUCGGUGCUCGAAAUCGACUCAAUAGGACGUCUGACGACACGUCAGCGACUCACAGACACGUGACUGACUCACUGACACGUCAGCGACUCACAGACACGUGACUGACUCACUGACACGUCAGCGACUCACUGACUGACUGAUGGGCGCCGCGGAAGAGUACGAGGAGCAUCAUUCGCACGAUGGCGAAAAAGGCGGCGGCGGCGGCUCGGCGGACGAAAAAGGCAGCGCGGACGGCGGCGGCGGCGGCGGCGCGAUGGAGCGCGAGGAGAUGCAGUUGUACACGGAGGCUUCCGCGUUUCAGGGCGCGGCGGUGGUGGCAAUGAUCGAGCGGCACGACGACGACAUCGGCGAGGAGCAAAAGAUCCUCGAAAUCACCAUGGAGGACGGGGUCACCAUGUCGCUCGCGCUGGACUCGGGCGAGCGGCGGCUGAACGAGCUGGGGUACCGGCAGGAGCUGAAGCGUUCGCUGCAUUUCCCGCAACUGUACGCGACUGGCAUAAGCAUGAUGAGCGUGUUUGCAGGGGUCGUCCCCAUGUAUGGCCAAGGCUUCAACGACGGCGGGCCAGCGGGGCUCAUCUGGUACUGGUGGAUCACCGCCUUAGCAGUGCACCUCAUUGCGCUGAGCAUGGCAGAGAUCUCCUCCUCCUUCCCGACAGCUGGCUCGCUCUAUUUCUGGGCGGCAGCCCUGGCAGGACCGAAGUGGGGCCCACUGGCCUCGUUUAUCACGGCAUGGAUGGAGUUCGUGGGUCUGGCGGUGGGGCAUGCCAUGGUGUCGUACUAUGGCGUCACCAUCCUGCAAGUGCUCAUCCUCAUCAGCACAGGAGGGGCGAAUGGGAACGGCUUCAUGCUGGACCACUAUGAAGUCUUUGGCAUCGCGUGCGGGGUGGUGCUCAUCUGCUGCUGCAUCAACUGCUGCUCCAUCCGAAUCGUCUCCUACGUCAUGCUCUUCUCUGCGCUAAUCCAGGUGCUGGGCGCAGUGGCUCUCAUCAUCACUCUGCCCCUCGUGGCGCCCACCCACCAGCCCGCCUCGUUUGUCUUCCAGACCUUCUUCACCAACGACUCCAUGCCCUCGCCUGCCUACUCCUUCGUCAUCUGCCUCAUGGUCUCUCAAUACUCCCUCUACGGCUACGACGGCGUGGCGCAUCUCUCAGAAGAGACAAAGAAGUCCGACCGGACGGCACCAGCAGCCAUAGUAGCAGCGCUCUCUACAGUCACCUUCGUGGCGUGGCUGCUGCUGGUGGUCUUCACGCUGUGCAUCCAAAACGUGGAUGACAUCUUCGCCAGUGCUUCUGGCGAAGACCUCCCCACCACGGUGACCAAUGGCAUGCAGCCCGUGAUCCAGAUUCUUUGGGACGCCUUCUAUGCGAGCUACGGGUCGGGGCUGGGAGCGCAGAUCUUUACAGGCAUCAUCUACACCUCCUUCUUCUUUGGAACUGUCUCUGGGCAGCUAGGAGCGUCGGCGAGUGGCGUAUGCUCUAGCCCGUGACAACGGCCUCCCCCUAUCCUUCCUGUGGCGCAAGCUGGCGCCCAACAAGGUGCCCGUGCUGGCACUCCUCCUCUCUGUGGUCAUCGGCGUUCUCUUCCUGCUGCCCCUCCUCUUCACCUCAACCACCAUCUUCUUCGCCAUCGCCUCCAUCUCAAGCAUCGGAUGGGUGUCCGCGUACUCCAUUCCGAUAUUUUUUCGGCUUAUUCAGAAGGAGGACCACUUCCAGCCCGGCCCGUUCUACAUCCCGAAUUACAUCGGGGUCGUCGGCGGGAAAGUCGUUCACUUCCUGGCCCUGCUGUGGGUUCUUUACACUAUGAUCGUCUUCAUGCUACCCUACGCCUUCCCUGUGACCGUGGAAAACUUGAACUGGGCCCCGGUUGCGAUCGCGGCUUGGAUCGGUUUUUUUGUUACUUGGUGGGUGGUGCACGCUCGCUUCUGGUUCAAGGGGCCUGUCCGGGAGAUUGUGCCUAUUACGGAGGGGGAUGGAGGGGAUAAAGUAGCGGAAGGUAAGAUGGAAUGAUGGAGAGUGCUAGGUGGAUAAUGGCGUGACGAUGUGGCAAACCCUUGAACCGGGUGUAGAUCGUCAUUGUAGCUUGAAUCGGUGUCUUUGUGAUGUGGUCGGUGGUUCAAGGGGCCUGUUUGGGAAAUCGCUCCUGUUGUGGAGGGGGAUGAAGGGCUAAGCGGAUAGGAAGAUGGAAUGAUUCUGCAGGUUGUUGAUAUGGUGUGGUGCGAAAAGCCAUUGGUUGACAUAUUCUCUUCUUAUCCCCCUUAUGCCUAGGCACUUUGGAGGCAGACUAGGGAAAAUGUAUCUACCUGCAUUUUAGGAUACGGUAUGAACCUUAGGGCUUGUUGCUUCAGGUCGAAGCAAGUUUCUAAGCAGCAAGAGUUGCUAGCUAUCACUUAUCACCACACUAAAACGUAUUGAAUCCCACAUG